CCUUUUUGGCGUUGGGGGCUUGAGGUUGACCCCCAGCUCUGCCAUAUUGUCAAUGGAAAAAGAACAAUCGGAUAAAAGAUCUAUAAAGUAGGAGGGAGAAAUGUUUAAAGCUUUGGACAAAAGAGAAAAGAGAAAAAGGUAGUUCUGACAGUUUCUGGUCAUCAUCAUAGGGGGCACAGAGGACAUCCUCAGUAUGCAGUCAUCAAUAGCGUUGGCACUGUAGAAGUCUUUCAUCAGUACUAUAUCUAUGCGUUUGAAAUAGAAUACUGUGGAUCUGUGUACAUCAACUUUACCAUUUCAAAAGGAAGCAAACACGAUAAAGAUCCAAGAUUCUUUAUAAAGUUUAUUGGCUUUUAAAACCACUUUAAAAAUCUCACCAGUGAGUACUUUCCAUUGAAAAAAAAGAAACAUGAAUGCUUUGUUUUGCCAUAUCAACAAGCUACUGUACAUAUGACACAGUACACCAGACAACAACAGAGGGAGGGAGAUUCUUCUACUGGUAGAAAUGGAUAGGAUAGAUGAACUGAGUUGGUACUGGCUCAGUGUCAGUCAGAACUCACAACGUACAGAGUCACUGCAGAUGGAACCAUAGAAUCAUUAGAAUUCAUUCUAAUUCUACAGUUGGAACUCCUGUACAUCUUAAGAUGGAGGUUCAUUUUCCUUCAUUUAAAGAUUGAAUUCAAAUAUCAGUGCCAUAUAGUAGAAUGCCAAAAAUCUAGAUUUUUUAAACAACAUAUUUCUUUACAAAUGCUAAAUUUAAAAAAGUAUGUAAAAAAUAAAAACAUAAGUCAAUCAUUAACGAAACAUAGCUCCAUACAUACAGAACAAUAUUAAUUUAUAUUAAGUAAACAGCCCACAAUGUAAAAUAAUGUAACUUACUGUAAUUAAGUAACUACAGUAGCACUGCCAGUCAGGUACACAGAACCCACCCAACUCACUGUAAUUAAGUAACUACAGUAGCACUGCCAGUCAGGUACACAGAACCCACCCAACUCACUGUAAUUAAGUAACUACAGUAGCACUGCCAGUCGGGUACACAGAAUCCACCCAACUCACUGUAAUUAAGUAACUACAGUAGCACUGCCAGUCAGGUACACAGAACCCACCCAACUCACUGUAAUUAAGUAACUACAGUAGCACUGCCAGUCGGGUACACAGAAUCCACCCAACUCACUGUAAUUAAGUAACUACAGUAGCACUGCCAGUCAGGUACACAGAAUCCACCCAACUCACUGUAAUUAAGUAACUACAGUAGCACUGCCAGUCGGUUAAACAGCACCCUCCCUUACCAUAGCAGACAGUUGUUACCUUAAUAAGUGUGCAUCCCAAAUGGCACCCUAUUCUUAUAUAGUGCACUACUACAGUUCUGACCAGGUCAAAAGUAGUGCCCUAUAUAGGGAUUAGGGUGCCAUUUGGGAGGCACAUAAGAAUACAAAGUAGUACAAUAGAAAUCAUGAACACAUGCACGCCUACGUAAUACAAUCAUUUAUCAACAUAAUGAAACAUGUAGGUUUUCAAAAGGUUUUUCAUCAUUUUAAACAUGUAAUUUUUCCUCAAAGCUUAGAUUAUAUUCUCGUGUAUGAGAAUGAGUCAAUCUCACUGAGAUUAUUAUUAUUAUUAUUAUUAUUAAUGCACAGUUUUUUUUGCUACAUGACAAUUAUAGUAGUCAUUUUCUACAUGAGAAUUCUUUUCUUUUUUCCUUUCUUUCUUAGAUAUUUUUUUGGCCCUUCAUUCAUCAUUCCAUCGUUACAUUUGUCCAUUAUAAGGUUUGUGACAAAGCCAUGUUUCAUAUCAUAGAAAUUUAGUGCAAUAAAAGUGAACCUCCAAAGUUUGUUGGUUGAAAACAUGAACCUCCUUUGACAUGUCUUUCCAGUGUCUGUCUGCUGAAAGGUUCUGAGCACAAUGUCUAUAGAAUCGAUGAUGUCACACAGAAAGGUAUGCAACCAGCUAAUAUAUCAUAUCACAACUCUUUUUUUCUAUUUUCUUAUCAAUAAACCAUGCUAUUGUUCUCGCUCAAAGCACACAUCAGAGCCCUAUUAUUAUUAUAAUUAUCUUUGAAAGGAAAGUCAAAUACAUCAGCAAACCAGAGACCAAACGGACAGCAUUACUUUUACAAAUACAUCGAGGAGCCAGAAAUGCAACACACAACACACAGUCUCUAUUAUCUUGACUAUUAUACAUUUUGUUUAGCUUUUUUUUUUCCAUUCUUUAAUGGCACAUAGACUUACUUAGCUAGAAUUAUGGCCAUAAUAUAGCAGUCUUCUUGAUACAUUACAAUUCUACAUAUCUAUCCUAUUUACAAAUGAACAGAGCUUUAAUUUGACUAUGACUUUUACAACAAUAACAAUUGCCAAAAUUCAAGCAAGCAUCCUAGUAUUAUCACAUAGCUGGCUGGCUAGCAGUGAUGGAUCCAACAACAUGCUGUCUGGCCCAGUGUUGCCUAGGCAACAACAAGGACCUCCUCCACCAGACAUCUACAUGCUGCUGUCUGGCCCAGUGUUGCCUAGGCAACAACAAGGACCUCCUCCACCAGACAUCUACAUGCUGCUGUCUGGCCCAGUGUUGCCUAGGCAACAACAAGGACCUCCUCCACCAGACAUCUACAUGCUGCUGUCUGGCCCAGUGUUGCCUAGGCAACAACAAGGACCUCCUCCACCAGACAUCUACAUGCCGCUGUCUGGCCCAGUGUUGCCUAGGCAACAACAAGGACCUCCUCCACCAGACAUCUACAUGCCGCUGUCUGGCCCAGUGUUGCCUAGGCAACAACAAGGACCUCCUCCACCAGACAUCUACAUGCCGCUGUCUGGCCCAGUGUUGCCUAGGCAACAACAAGGACCUCCUCCACCAGACAUAUACAUGCUGCUGUCUGGCCCAGUGUUGCCUAGGCAACAACAAGGACCUCCUCCACCAGACAUCUACAUGCUGCUGUCUGGCCCAGUGUUGCCUAGGCAACAACAAGGACCUCCUCCACCAGACAUCUACAUGCUGCUGUCUGGCCCAGUGUUGCCUAGGCAACAACAAGGACCUCCUCCACCAGACAUCUACAUGCUGCUGUCUGGCCCAGUGUUGCCUAGGCAACAACAAGGACCUCCUCCACCAGACAUCGACAUGCUGCUGUCUGGCCCAGUGUUGCCUAGGCAACAACAAGGACCUCCUCCACCAGACAUCUACAUGCUGCUGUCUGGCCCAGUGUUGCCUAGGCAACAACAAGGACCUCCUCCACCAGACAUCUACAUGCCGCUGUCUGGCCCAGUGUUGCCUAGGCAACAACAAGGACCUCCUCCACCAGACAUCGACAUGCUGUACACAGAUUUUCAAAGCUUCUCAUCUUUUUGUUUCUCCCCCCAAAACGCAACAAAACUCCUUACAGUUAUACGGCGCGUUCCAAAACGGCACCAUAUUCUCUAUAUAGUGCACUACUUUUGACCAGGGUCCUAUGUGUCCUGGUCAAAAUCAGUGUGCUACGUAGAGUACCAUUUUGGGGAUGCGCACCAAGUUAUAUGUGUUUCUCUUCACUGAUAACAUGGUCUCUAGGAGUGCAUGGAUGAUUAUAAAUCCCACGUAUAGCAACCUCUUACGAUAUUAUCACUUCUAACGUAAAAUUACUGCCGUUCUUUGGUAUGGAAAUAAGGCUGGGCUUUCUGAAAGACGAUUCACGAUUCGUUUGUAUCUAGAUCUUAAGUUGACAUCAUCAAACUCCACAAACCAAAUCUAUGCAAAUAUCUUUGCAGCCUCUGUUGCCUUCAAUGACACAUUUAGCCAUCUCCAUAUCCUUUAUAUAGGGUGAGUCCCAGAUGGCACCCUAUUCACUGUAUAGUGCACUACUUUUGACCAGGGCCCUGAUGAAAAGUAGUACACUAACUAGGGAAUAAGGUGCUAUUUGGGACACAUAAAUAUUUUUCAAGCCUGUGAGUGACACUCUGGCCACUGAAACGUGUGUCCGCCUGUCUUGACAUUUUUCUCCAUCUACAACUGAUACUAAGUAAGGGCACACACAGUGUGGUUUAUUUUAUACAGCAUGGAUGCAUUAAGUGACACUGCAAAUAAAAAAAGAACCAUAAGAAAUAGUAUUGAAAACAUUAUCAGAGUUUAUACAGCUGCCUUGAUGGUGAAUGGUGAAGCUCUGGAUGGUUCUAGAUCCAGAAUCUGUUUGGUUCUAGAAUCGCUUCUAGAAUGUGCAGAUUCCAUGUACUACUAUACUAUUAUCCACAGUCAGUCUGUAAAGAUGGCGUAAGGUCUUGGACUUUGGAAAUAAGGCAGCCAAGUUUGUCGUUGCUUCCCUUCCUAGGAGUGUCAUAUUGUUUCUUCCCCAGAUAGAAUACCAGUACUAGCGAAUCACCCCAUCGUCCUCCCGUUACCACGUAUUGAACGGUACAAAAGUAGCACAGGCUUUGAAAUGUAAGAUUUCACUGUGGGAUAACGCUGUUCAGAUAUGAACCAGUACCAUUGAUUUGGUAUAAUGAUAAUGUAUGAUGAAGAUAAUGUCUUAAAUUCAGCACCUGGUAGCUCCCAGAUGGUUGCUACCCAUUUAGUAUUCGGAUAUGGCAGGCAAAUGUACUGCUAAAAUGUAAUGUCAUUAAGUUGCCUACUGAUUCCAAUAUUGUAUUUUUCUGUUUGGAUUCACUUUUGAAACGCAUUCUUCUAAAACAGGAUACAACAUCCUACAGCAAACAUUUUUGGUGAAGUUCAUUUGUGUGUUUGUGUGAUUGUGUGUGUGUGAUUGUGUGUGUGAUUGUGUGUUUUUGUGCCAGAAUUCCUAUGUAUUAGGUGAUUUCUGAACAUAUUGCAUUGUUGAAUGAGUAGACAUAAAAUGGAAGAUAUGGUUUAACUUUGUGGUGUUCAUCAUACCUUGGGAAAUCUAUCCCUUACAACAAGUCUGCCACCGAAAUGCCUCAGCGGGCCCUGGUCAAAAGCAGUGCACUAUGUAGGGAAUAAGCCCAUGUCUCACGGCAUACUUUAAAAUCCCUUCUAAUACUUGAAAUGCACUCAUUUUUGAUUUCAUUGGAAGGUGAAAUGAAGUGGUACUGUGAUUCAGAUAACAACAAUAACAGUGCUAUAAAGCAGCGUGUCAGUAGGACAGGUUAGCUAACAGUGCUAUAAAGCAGUGUGUCAGUAGGACAGGUUAGCUAACAGUGCUAUAAAGCAGCGUGUCAGUAGGACAGGUUAGGCUAACAGUGCUAUAAAGCAGCGUGUCAGUAGGACAGGUUAGGCUAACAGUGCUAUAAAGCAGCGUGUCAGUAGGACAGGCUAACAGUGCUAUAAAGCAGCGUGUCAGUAGGACAGGUUAGGCUAACAGUGCUAUAAAGCAGCGUGUCAGUAGGACAGGUUAGGCUAACAGUGCUAUAAAGCAGUGUGUCAGUAGGACAGGUUAGGCUAACAGUGCUAUAAAGCAGUGUGUCAGUAGGACAGGCUAACAGUGCUAUAAAGCAGCGUGUCAGUAGGACAGGUUAGGCUAACAGUGCUAUAAAGCAGCGUGUCAGUAGGACAGGUUAGGCUAACAGUGCUAUAAAGCAGCGUGUCAGUAGGACAGGCUAACAGUGCUAUAAAGCAGCGUGUCAGUAGGACAGGUUAGGCUAACAGUGCUAUAAAGCAGCGUGUCAGUAGGACAGGUUAGGCUAACAGUGCUAUAAAGCAGCGUGUCAGUAGGACAGGCUAACAGUGCUAUAAAGCAGCGUGUCAGUAGGACAGGUUAGGCUAACAGUGCUAUAAAGCAGCGUGUCAGUAGGACAGGUUAGGCUAACAGUGCUAUAAAGCAGCGUGUCAGUAGGACAGGUUAGGCUAACAGUGCUAUAAAGCAGCGUGUCAGUAGGACAGGCUAACAGUGCUAUAAAGCAGCGUGUCAGUAGGACAGGUUAGGCUAACAGUGCUAUAAAGCAGCGUGUCAGUAGGACAGGUUAGGCUAACAGUGCUAUAAAGCAGUGUGUCAGUAGGACAGGUUAGGCUAACAGUGCUAUAAAGCAGCGUGUCAGUAGGACAGGUUAGGCUAACAGUGCUAUAAAGCAGUGUGUCAGUAGGACAGGUUAGGCUAACAGUGCUAUAAAGCAGUGUGUCAGUAGGACAGGCUAACAGUGCUAUAAAGCAGCGUGUCAGUAGGACAGGUUAGGCUAACAGUGCUAUAAAGCAGCGUGUCAGUAGGACAGGUUAGGCUAACAGUGCUAUAAAGCAGCGUGUCAGUAGGACAGGUUAGGCUAACAGUGCUAUAAAGCAGCGUGUCAGUAGGACAGGUUAGGCUAACAGUGCUAUAAAGCAGUGUGUCAGUAGGACAGGUUAGGCUAACAGUGCUAUAAAGCAGCGUGUCAGUGGGAGUGUUUAGGCU